UUCACUUCACAUUAUGAUUUUUUCUGUAUUUUGUGAGAGAAACUACGCACAGACUUUGUUCUCUACCUCCUCAAGAACAGAAGAACAAAUGACAGAAAUUUUGAAUUUCGAAGAACUGCGGCAGUUUAAGAAGCAACAUAACACUCAUUUCGACGGUAGACAUGUUUUACGUUCUUUACUAGAUCGACUUUUUUUGAUGGAUAUAAGAAAUGAUAAACAUAGCAUUUGAUAUAUAGCGCAACACUUCAUUGUCCCUUUGAACUUUUAUAAAAACUUUGACAAUAUCAAACUAGUUCGUGCUCUUCCAUCCAUUUGGAUGAGCUUUGCUUCGUUCUCUAUUGCAAAAGGUCUCGUCAGUUUUUCUAAAUGUGGUGAGUGAAUACAAGAUUUUCUGCAUAGUACAGUGAUAGACACACGUCAUCUUGGCCAUGAUACAGUCUCGCUUGAACGAGGUGUUGAAAAAUUAGCUUUUCAAAUGAACUUUUAGAAGAAAAAUCGAGAAGCGAAGAAAAUAUUGUACACCGCCGUAAAUAAGGUUUCUACUUUCCUACAGCUACAAAAUAUUAUCAGAGACAACAUAAACUCUGUACCAGGCUGUUCCUGAACUUUAAAUGAAUAAUUGAGCAGAAAAUAGCGUUCCUCGAGAGUGAAAAAGAAUCACACUAUCUACUACUACUUUCUAUUUUUCAAAACUCUGAUAUACUUGCCUAGAUGUACAAAAAAUCUGUAGACUAGUAUGUCCAGAAACUUGUCUAUUACAAAGUUCUUGGCAUGUUCAUAAUUAUAUCUAUUUUAGGGGAUCAAAAUUUCUGGAA